AGGGGUGGAGCCGAAGGCGAUGCUGACCAAUAGCAUCAGAAAGGGGGCGGGGUCUCCGCGCAGGCGGGUUCGGGUGUCUCCCGGCUCCAGCCCUCGCUGCUGCUGCCGCCGCCGCCACCAGCACCUCCACCGCUUCGUCACCAUGGGUAACGUCCUGGCUGCUAGCUCCCCGGCGCCCCCUCCUGCAGUCCCAGGCUCUGGCCUUGUAUCAGUUCCACCAGGAUUCUCUAUGCCCCCUGUCAGCGGGCUGGUUCCCCCAGCACAAGAUCGUGCCACAGAAGACAAGUGUGACCAGCUUCCUAACCCAGGCACCUUUGAGGAGUGUCACCGCAAAUGCAAAGAAUUAUUCCCCAUCCAAAUGGAGGGUGUGAAGUUGACUGUGAACAAAGGUCUCAGCAACCACUUCCAGGUCAAUCACACGGUGGCUCUCAGUACGGUUGGCGACUCCAAUUACCACUUUGGGGUGACCUACGUAGGGACAAAGCAGCUUAGCCCCACAGAGGCCUUCCCCGUUCUGGUGGGGGACAUGGAUAACAGUGGCAGCCUCAAUGCACAAAUAAUUCACCAGCUCGCAGACAAAGUCCGCUCCAAGGUGGCCUUCCAGACGCAGCAGUCAAAGUUCGUGAACUGGCAGGUGGAUGGUGAAUACCGGGGCACAGACUUCACUGCAGCCGUCACGCUAGGAAACCCUGAUAUUUUAGUGGGUUCAGGAAUCCUGGUGGCACAUUAUCUUCAGAGUAUCACGCCGUGCCUGGCGCUGGGUGGGGAGCUAGUAUACCAUCGCCGCCCAGGAGAGGAGGGAACUGUCAUGUCAUUUGCUGGGAAAUACACAGCGCCCAACUGGAUCGGGACCCUGACAGUAGGACAGGCUGGAGCACAUGCCACAUAUUACCACAAAGCCAGUGACCAGUUGCAGGUAGGGGUGGAAUUUGAAGCCAGUACUCGCAUGCAAGACACGAGCGUAACGUUUGGGUAUCUGCUGGACCUUCCCAAAGCCAACCUACUUUUCAGAGGCUCCGUCGACAGCAACUGGAUUGUGGGGGCAGCCCUGGAAAAGAAGCUCCUCCCGCUGCCCCUCACGUUGGCCAUGGGUGCCUUCCUCAACCACCGCAAGAACAAAUUCCAGUGUGGUUUUGGCCUUACCAUUGGCUGAACCUCCUGCCCUUCCUCUUCCUCCUCAUCCCCACCGGUUCUGUGCAGCUCGCGCCCCCUUUUACCCUCCACCUGCAUCCUUGUUUGGCUAGUAGUAACCUCCAUGGGGUGUAUGUGCGUGCUGCCCAGAGAGUGUGAUGGGAUGGGACAGGAGGUAUCGGGGCACUGAGAGCUUCCCCCCCACACCCUUUCACAAAGAACAGCUAGUUGGUUCUCAGGGAACUUCAAGGCAGGAAUCUCUGUGGGAAUUGGGCGAGAAGUUUCCUCCCGCCUUCCUUCAGGCUUCUGCCCAGAGGUACGGUUCGUGAGAGCAAAAGUACCCAUGAAAAGUACCCAAAAGCAGCUGCAAUCACUGCUCUGCCUGCCUGCUGCCACUAGAGGGGAGUGUUGCUUCAGGGAUGGGGGAAGCAUGCCCUUCUUUCCAAGGGAAUCUAUGGCUGCUGACGUGGCUGGCGGGGAAUGCAUGGUUUGGGGCUGGUGGGGCUUAGCUUAGGGUUGUGGUUCCUGGACCUGGAAUGGGGAAAAGGGGCUGUAGGCCGUUUUGUGAGAUGGCACCAUCCCACGCCGUGGGUGCUUUUCUCUCCCCUCUGCCUCUCCACAUUUCUUUUCUGUUCUACGAGAAGAAUUACUUCCACCGGCCAGGAAUGAUCCAAGCUACUUUUGACGGUUUUUGUAAAAGCAUCCAAGCAACUUAGUCUUAGCCUUCAACUGCCUGUAAAAGCCACCGCCAGUACUUCCUCAACCCUUCUUGCAAUGUGUCCAGGGAGCAUUUGGAAACCCAGAACCUGCCCUUGCUGGCUUUUUUUUAAGUGUGUUUUGUUUUGGGCUUCCUUUCUGUUUUUUCCCAUGCACACCUCUCUUCUUUCUCCCCCUGCCAUCUGUGUCGGGUUUUGCAGGUAGUGCUUUUUUUUUGGUGCUCCUGUCUUUGCUUGAUGUCAGGGCGCCCUUUGCCCCUUAACUCCUCACCGCCCCAAACCUCCCAUCCUCCGCACGGAGAAGUUCCAGGGGACCAUCAGAGAGGGAGAGAGAGAAAGACCUGCCCUGCGUGCCUGCUGCCAUCGCUACCACCACCACCCUCUGUGGAGAUAACGGGGGAAAUCUCUGCAUGCCCUCUUCCCCUCCUGCCACCAGAGACUGAGUGUAAAUCAUGUUUAUAAGUUAAUGGGAUCGGAAGGAUCUUUUACAGAAGAAAAAACAAACCUGCAAGGUGAAAACCGCCUCCCUGCUCUGCAAAGUUGGGAAUACCUGGUUUCAAUUAAAACAGAAAACAUCACCACC